ACUCGCAACCGCAGCGCGCACCGACGCGCGUACAGCGAAAAACGCGCGAAAUAAUUUUUAAAUUUCGAAGUGUGUGAUUUUGACCCCUGUGAUUUAUUAGUGAAAAACUGGUAGACAAGGAACAAACACAGAAAUGGCAACGGUGCUAGUAAAUUCCACACAAAGUGUGCUUAAAGAUACAUAUGACUAUUAUUUAUGGACACUAUCUUUAUCAGAUAGCAGAACAAAAGGAUGGCCUCUAGUCGAUUCUCCCGUACCAACAGUAGUUUACACACUAUUGUACCUUUUCAUCGUAUGGGCCGGCCCAAAGCUGAUGAAGAAUCGGCAGCCAUUCAAACUAACAUGGUUGUUGGUUCCAUACAACCUGGCAAUGGCGGCGCUAAAUGCGUACAUCGCUGUCAGAUUGCUAACAGCUUCGUUUAGACUUAGAUACAGCUACAUCUGCGAACCGUGUCGACAGAAAUAUGAUCCUGAUGAGUUGCAAAUAGCAGACGCAGUGUGGUGGUACUACUUCUCCAAGCUUCUCGAGUUCUGCGAUACUUUCUUCUUCAUCCUGAGGAAGAAGGACGAGCAGCUGACUUUCCUCCACGUCUAUCACCACUCCACCAUGUUCUCAUUUUGGUGGAUUGGCAUCAAAUGGGUUCCUAGUGGCUCUACAUUCCUCCCUGCGAUGGUGAACAGCGGCAUUCACGUCCUUAUGUACACGUACUACGGCCUUUCUGUCUUCGGACCCAACGUCAGCAAGUACCUCUGGUGGAAGAAAUACCUCACCAUUCUGCAGUUGAUCCAAUUCACGUGCGCGCUGAUCCUGGGCAUCAACGGCAUCAGAACUGGCUGCGAAUUCCCGCUGUGGAUGCACUACGUCCUCAUACUGUACAUGAUCUCCUUCAUCGUACUCUUCGGAAACUUCUACAUGAAGGCGUACAUUGCUAAGGGAAGCAAAUGUAUGGAGGUCAGAUACGGGGAAUGCCUAGAUGACGAAGCAACAAUUGCGGAGAGGAAACUAAAGAACAAUUAGAAAUCGUUGGGAACUGAGAUAUUAUAAUAAUACUUCUCUUCAAAAAAAUCUACAAACAAAAGUUUUUUUUUUCAACAAAACUGCAUAAUCCAGUUUAAAUUUGGAAUAUUAAUAUUAACAAUUAAAAACGUUCUACUACCCAUUGUGAAAUGUACGCAUUUUCUUUUUCUUUACUGGUAUGAUAUUCCUUACGAAACAUAAACUUGGUGUUUUGAUUUUUAUGAUGAGAAGUGUAAUUUUAUAAUUUGAUCAAAAUAUUUGUGAUGUAGAGUGCCUUUGAGUAUUUGAAAUUUUGAGAAAUUAUUGCUGUUUUGUAAGUACAACCACUAAGUACCUAAUUAUCAUACUUUUAUGUACCUAUCAUGGGCUAUUUAGGUAAGCAUUAAAAUAAAAGUUUGGAAGUCAAAAUGGCAAUAUGAAAUAAUAAAGUAUUCUGCAUCUGUACUAUGCUGAAUACUUUAUUAUUACAUAAUAUCGUCAUAAUUUAAAAACAAGACGUUAAGAAUAAGAACUUGUGUAAAUAAUAAAUAUUACCUAUUUACUUACCGCAAACAUUUUGAUCAGAACAAUAACUUAUUUAUUAACUUAUAUUUGAAGGAUAACUUAAGCUUAGCUCUCUUUUAAGCUGUUGUAAUGUAAUAAAGGGUUUGUAUAGAAUAUUACGGAUUAAAGCAUUUUUGUUAA